AUGAACAUCUACCAUCCUCCCACACUCCAGCAGCUGGCCAUGCAGGGGCUGCUGAGGAAUGAAGCCUUGGCCAUGUCUGUUCUGGACUGCAUACCCAUUAUGCUUUUCCCACCACUGUUCGAGGAGGCCUUCAAAGGCAGACACACAAAGAUAUUGAAGGCAAUGGUGGCAGCCUGGCCUUUUCCUUGCCUCCCUGUGGGAGUACUGAUGAAGACCCCUGAAGUGGAGACCUUGCAAGCUGUGCUGGAUGGCAUAGACAUGCUGCUGUCACAGGAGACCCGUCCCAGAAGAUGGAAGCUUCAAAUGCUGGACUUAAGGAAUGUACACCAGGAUUUCUGGGACGUGUGGGUUGGAAGAGAGGAUGAAGCCCACUCAGAAGAUUCUGGGAGAGAGAAUCAAGUAGUAAAUUCCCUUCAUACAUAUGCCCUGAGGCAGCCUUUGAAGGUGGUCACUGACCUGAGCCUCUGCUUCCAUCUGCAAGAACACCAAACAUGCUUGUUGCAGUGGGCCCAGCAGAGAAAGGGCUCUGUGCAGCUGUGCUGUCUGAAGAUGCAGAUCUGUGACUUCCCUGUGGAGACCAUCAUGGCAGUUUUGGACACUUUCCAGCCACACUACAUUGAGGAAUUGGAAUUAAUAACAAUUAAGACCCUGUCUUUUCCGAAUUCCAUUGCUCAUUGCCUUGGCCAGAUGAGAAACCUCCACAAAUGCCAUCUAAGUCUCAAUGCCUUGUUCGUGGAUAGUGCCGCUAUUGAAAUGUGUCUUCACAAGUUGCUUACUCAGUUCUCCAAUCUCAACUCUCUCCAGCAUCUCUACCUGAAUGGUGUCUACUUUUCCACUGACAACGUGAAACAGUUGUGCAGAUGCCUGAUGACCCCGUUGGAAUCCCUGUCUAUCACUCUCUGCCAUCUCUCACUGUCAGACUUCAAAUUCUUGUCACAGUGUCCGAGGCUCUGUCAACUGAAACACCUGCAUCUCAGUCGUGUAGAGUUAUCCACAUCACAUCCCAAAGGUCUGCGGCGACUCCUAGAGAAUGUGGCAGAUACUCUGCAGACACUGGAGUUAAAGCGCUGCAGCUUGGAGGACUCUCACCUCAGUGUCCUCCUGCCUGCCCUGAGCCAGUGCUCCCAGCUCACCAGGGUCAAUUUCUGUGACAAUGACUUCUCCAGUGCUGCACUGAAGGACCUUCUGCAGUGCAUGGCCAAUCUAAAUCAGCUGGCUGUAGAGCUGUACCCUGCCCCUCUAGAGUGUUAUAAUAACCCAUGUAAUAUCCUCGUGGACAGAUUUGCCCAACUGUGUCAGGAGCUCCGGGGCAUAGUCAUGGCCAAAAGGCAGCCCAAGACAAUGGCAUUUGCUACAACCAUCUGCAUUGAAUGUUGUCAGCGCUGUGUCUAUGACAUGGAGACCAAACUUUGUCCAUGUUGGCAGUAA